UAGGGCGGGGGUUUGUGGAGCGCCGGAGCGGAGCCGACCCGGGCGAACAGCUUCUGCUGUCGGCGCCGCAGCUUCCCCGGUCUGAGGAGGCCUGCAGGCAGCCGUGCUGCUUCCGUGUUUGCUGCGCCGGCUCCGUGAUUUACAGCCCUGAAGAUUUUUUUCCCCUGCAGUAAUAAAUCCCACAUGGAGACCCCAAAACUUUAUAAAGGGAUAUAGUUUGAAUUCUGUGGAGUGUAAUUUUGUGUAUGAAUUAUAUAUUUAAAAUGUUGAAAAGUUUUCAGAAAGAAGGCUGAUAAUUACUGAUACAUUAUGCAUAAGCCGUAAUUCUGUUGGUAAUACAAUAAUUUGUUCGGCAUUUGUGAUGAUACUAGAAAGGACAAGGCAUAUCUUUUGGUAAAUUGAUUGAUCUUUAAUUGCAACAUGACUGAUUACAGCUGAAUGGUCUUCAAAUGAAGAACAGGUUUUUUUAAUUUUUAAAUGCAGUGUGAGAAAGUGUGUGCUGUGGAAAUUUUGUGGUUAACUAGUUAAGUUUAUGGAGAAAAUACCUUCAGUUGAUCAAGUAUAAUAAAGUAGUGUGCAAAGUUAGAAGAAAACAUGAUGCUACAGGAGAUGGAGACAAAUAUAGAUAAUAUUUAACAGAAAUGGAAGAGUUAACAGUUUGUGAGCUUUAAGCAAAAUUCAUUUGACAUCAUGCACACCAUAACAGGCAUAGGUUCAACAAAGUUUGUGGGUGUUGACUUUCCCAAAAGUUGCUAACUGAAGCUAACCUGACCCUCUUAAGUAAAUACUAUGAUAAACUGUGUGAAAUUAGCCUUUAGAUAAUGUGACCAUAUGAAGACUUUAAUUACUUUUGUUUACUAAAAUAAAAUAAGAGUUUUUUGGAUGUCAUAUUAACGUGCUUGUAGGAAAAGCCUGCAUAUAAUUUUUUACUCUUAUGCCCUAAUCAUUAAUUGACCUGAUAUCCAGGCUUCAUAGUUUAUACCCAAAGGCAAAUUAAAGGCAUAAUUUAAGUAUUCUAUAGUUGCUUAGAAUUUUGAGAAUAUAAACCUCCUUGAAAAAUCAAGGUGUUUUAGCAUAUUUUCAGAAGUGCAUCAACUUUUUCAGGACUUUGGUUUAGUAUCACACCAAAUUAUGAGCAGAUAGUACUUGGGUUACCUAAAAAUUAAUAUCCGAAAGAGUACUAAGUAGUAUCUUUGUAAUUUAGGAGAGAUAGUCAUUCUCUCUGAAUAUAAACUCAGAUAUAAAUCCAGUAAAGAAACUGUAGUAAAUUCUAUAUAAGUAGGAGUCUAUCAUUUGAUUCCUUUCUGUACGUAAAAAUUUAAUUUAGUGUGAAGAUAAGAGAAAUAUAAUGUGGUUUUAGCCAUAAAAGUACCAUCACCUACUCAUGCACAAAACUACCUCCCAAAGACUUGUCCUGGGUUCCUCAUAUCAAAAAAUUAAGACGAUAAUGGAAGAUAGCACAGUUUUGUCAAAUUGGACAAACAGCAACAAACAAAAAAUGAAGUAUGACUUUUCAUGUGAACUCUACAGAAUGUCUACGUAUUCAGCUUUCCCUGCCAGUGUUCCUGUCUCAGAAAGGAGUCUUGCUCGUGCUGGUUUCUAUUACACUGGUGUGAAUGAUAAAGUCAAAUGCUUCUGUUGUGGCCUGAUGCUGGAUAACUGGAAACAAGGAGACAAUCCUAUUGAAAAGCAUAAACAGCUAUAUCCUAGCUGUAACUUUAUUCAGAAUCUGGUUUCAGCUAAUCUGGGAUCCACCUCUAAGAAUACUUUUCCAAUGAGAAACAGUUUUGCACAUUCAUUAUCACCAGCUUUGGAACAUAGUGGCUCAUUCAAUAGUUCUUAUUCCAACCUUUCAACAAACCCUCUUAAUUCUAGAGCAGUCGAAGACUUCUCUCCGUUGAGGACUAACCCCUACAGUUAUGCAAUGAGUACUGAAGAAGCCAGAUUUCUUACUUACCAUAUGUGGCCAUUAACCUUUUUGUCACCAUCAGAAUUGGCAAGAGCUGGCUUUUAUUAUAUAGGACCUGGAGACAGGGUAGCCUGCUUUGCCUGUGGUGGGAAACUAAGUAACUGGGAACCAAAGGAUGAUGCUAUGUCAGAACACCGGAGACAUUUUCCCAACUGUCCAUUUUUGGAAAAUUCUCUAGAAACGCUAAGGUUUAGCAUUUCAAAUUUGAGCAUGCAAACACACACAGCUCGAAUGAGAACAUUUAUGUACUGGCCAUCUAGUGUUCCAGUUCAGCCUGAGCAGCUUGCAAGUGCUGGUUUUUAUUAUGUGGGUCGCAAUGAUGAUGUCAAAUGCUUUUGUUGUGAUGGUGGCUUGAGGUGUUGGGAAUCUGGAGAUGAUCCAUGGGUAGAACAUGCCAAGUGGUUUCCAAGGUGUGAGUUCUUGAUACGCAUGAAAGGGCAGGAAUUUGUUGAUGAGAUUCAAGCUAGAUAUCCUCAUCUUCUUGAACAGCUAUUGUCAACUUCAGAUACUCCCGGAGAUGAAAAUGCUGAUCCACCAAUUAUUCACUUUGGACCUGGAGAAAGUUCUUCAGAAGAUGCAGUCAUGAUGAAUACACCUGUUGUUAAAUCUGCCUUGGAAAUGGGCUUUAGUAGAAGUCUGGUAAAACAGACAGUUCAGAGUAAAAUCCUAACAACUGGAGAAAACUACAAAACAGUUAAUGAUAUUGUAUCAGCACUUCUUAAUGCUGAAGAUGAAAAAAGAGAAGAGGAAAAGGAAAGACAAUCUGAAGAAAUAGCAUCAGAUGACUUGUCAUUAAUUCGGAAGAACAGAAUGGCUCUCUUUCAACAGUUGACAUGUAUACUUCCUAUCCUGGAUAAUCUUUUAAAGGCCAAUGUAAUUAAUAAACAGGAACAUGAUAUUAUCAAACAAAAAACACAGAUACCUUUACAAGCAAGAGAGCUGAUUGAUACCAUUUUAGUUAAAGGAAAUGCUGCAGCCAACAUCUUCAAAAACUGUCUAAAAGAAAUUGACUCUACAUUAUAUAAGAACUUAUUUGUGGAAAAGAAUAUGAAGUAUAUUCCAACAGAAGAUGUUUCAGGUCUGUCACUGGAAGAACAAUUGAGAAGGUUGCAAGAAGAAAGAACUUGUAAAGUGUGUAUGGACAAAGAAGUUUCUAUUGUAUUCAUUCCUUGUGGUCAUCUGGUAGUGUGCCAGGAAUGUGCCCCUUCUCUAAGAAAAUGCCCUAUUUGCAGGGGUAUAAUCAAGGGUACUGUUCGUACAUUUCUCUCAUAAAAGAAAAAUAGGCUAUAUAUUAGCCUGUGUAGAAAAGUCUUUAAAAUAUUGUUGAACAUUUGAAGCCAUCUGAAGUAAAAAAGGAAUUAUUGGCUCUUUAAUUAGUAACAUUUGUGUUCUACUGUGCUUUGGUACUAAUAAUCUUGUUGCAAAAAAGAUAGUAUUAUAUUUAAUCUUAAUCUGUUUAUUUACAAGGGAAGAUUUAUGUUUAUUGAGCUAUAUUAGUAUGCAUGUGUGAACAUAGAAACUAAAGGAAUAGUGUUAGUGCUUGUUAUGUAUCAUUUCAGGAGUUACUGGAUUUGGUAUUCUUUCUGAAAGCUUUGAGUACUACAUUACAGUGUAUAUUAAAAGAACUGGAAACCAAGAACUCUAGUUCAUCAGAGUUAUGGUGCCAAAUUCUCUUUGGUACUUUUCUCUUGUGUUAUAAAAUAAGGAUUUUUCUCUUACUGGUAAACAGGCUUUCCUCUAGUUUGUGAGAAUCAUCUUAAUAAAGUGCUUUAA